ACCACACCGUGACGCCGAGAAAAUGAUCAUUCGAUGUGUGCAUGUGAUAUAAUAACUUACCCUCUAUGAUGUCUCCUAUCGUCUGAACUGGUUAUAUUCAACAGCCUACGAAGCAUCAUGAACAACGAACAAUUCCGUCGCCUGGUUCUCGACCAGCCUGGCCAAUCCCGCCAAACCACCGACAGCCACAGCCCAAAGACAACCGAAAAAGAAGGCGUCCGAAACAAUGCGAAUACCUCCGCGCUUGGAUCGCGCCUCCGAUCUAGUAUCCCUAUGACUCCGCGCGCGGUGCACAGCGGCAAGGGUGGCGGAAUCGAUUUCGCGCGACAACUCGCUGAACAGCGGCGCGAGACGGAGGAGCAGGGACGUCCGACGAAACGAUUUAAAGCUUCGGCGGCGCCCAAGGGGACGAAGUUGGUGAGUGGAUACCAGGAUCGGACGGCGCUGCGGAAGCAGGAAGAGCAUGAUGAGGAUAAUGCGGGGACGAAGAAAGAAGGAAUCGAGCAGCGGCUCAAAGCGUUGGAGGAGAUGGUCAAGCUGGGACAGAUUGAUCAGAGCACUUUUGAUAAGCUGCGAAGAGAUUUGGGUGUUGGUGGGGAUUUGCAGAGUACGCAUUUGGUGAAAGGGUUGGAUUGGGAUUUAUUGAGGAGAGUGAGAGGAGGAGAGGACUUGUCGAAAAAGGAAAAAGAAGAAAUGGCAGAACAGGGCAAGGAAGAGGCUGAAAAUGUUGAUGAAGAGCUGGAUCGCGUGCUGGAAAAGGAAGUAGACCAGUCAGAAGCCCGGCCGAAAGAGAAGAAGGUCAAGAAAGGGAAUUUGGCUGCAGCGCCACCCGCAAAAAGGUCGCGAGAUGAAAUUUUACGACAGUUGAGGGAAAGCCGAGCGGCCGCAGCAGCUGAGCCUGCUCCAGAGUCUACGUUGGGCUCAAAGUUUAAGAAAAUCCAUGACGGCAAGCCUGAAAAGAAACGCUGGAUUGAAACAGAUCCUAGUGGCCGUCGCAAGGAAAUCCUGGUCAUCACAGAUGCCGAAGGAAACUCGAAAAGAAAAGUUCGAUGGCUCGAUAAAGAACCUCCUCCGCCAAAUACUGAUAGCAACGGACUUCUACUUCCUGAUCAAGCCGUAAAGCCCUUGGGUAUGGAAGUCCCCGCCGAAAUAGCUGCAAAGAUUGCUGCAGAGAAGGCUGCCGAGGCAGAGUUAGAAGAUGAGGAUAUCUUUGCCGAUGCUGGUACAGACUAUAAUCCCCUCGCUGAUCUCGACGAGAAAGAAUCGUCAGACGAGGACAGAGAGGAAGACGAAGUAUCAGUCGACAAGAGGCCAAAUGAUGAGAAGACGGAAGUGGCAAACAGCGUAUCUCAAGCAACCAGGCCACGGAAUUAUUUCGGCAAGACGGAGGAACUCGUCGAGGAACGCGGUAAUCCGCUCACAAGUGAUCCUACUCUCCUGGCUGCAUUGAAACGUGCUGCAGCUCUUCGUCAAGGCUCACCUUCAGGGGCAGCAGAGGACGAUAUGGCGGCUGAUGACGACGUCGAUCCUGAUAGACUUGCACAUCGCAAGAAAUUCCUCGAGGAAGCACGUCGUCGUGAGGCACAGGAUGCUCUUGAUAUUGACUACGGCUUUGGAAGCAGUCGGAUUGAGGAUGAAGAGGACGAGGAGGGUCCGACAUAUGAUGAGCAACGUGGUGGUAAUAAACGCAAGCGCGGGCCGAAGAAAAGAAAGGGGGACAAGGACUCAGCAGCCGACGUGUUGCGAGUGAUGGAAGGACGAAAUAGUACUUAGAUGAUAUGACUGAUACCGAAAUUUCAUGAACCUAUAAUUACUAUCCGAUGGUGCUUACUAUCUGCAUAGUCCUACGUGUAUUUGGAACGAUAUCAAUGCGGGAAACCGGUAUUUAGAAUUGCUUCUGACAGUAGGCAAAGAGGAGAAAAGGAGAAGAAUGCUCAAGAGAAACAAGCACAUAAUACCCCGACAAUGUAAGAAGGAAAGACAGAGCAAUAAAGGUGCAUACAUGGUUGCUGACAGUAGGAUAUUUCUCUAAAAGCUAAAACAUCCAUAUUCUAAGAAAUUGCUUACCAGACAAACUUGAACCACACGGCGACUGGCCGUAUAGAGAUAGAAAGACCUAAAAAAA